CGCCGACGCUGCUGAAGAUGUUCGAGACCACGCUGACCCUGCCGCGCACCAGCGUGCUGACCGAACCGCUGGGCAGCGUAGUACCCUCCACAUCGACCGCGGCGGUGGCUGUUCAGACGACCAAGCGUCGCCGGCGUCGUCGCAACAAGAGGCGACGCAAGUCCUCGCUCUCCGGCAGCACCGAAGCGUCCUCAUCCCGCACCUACGAUCCUGUCAUGACGGGCAGCAGCAGCAGCAGCAUGCGUAGUACGGGUGGGGGGGGCCCGGGUGUAAUGCGUCGUGGUCGUUAUCGCGGAGUCAGCUCAUCCUCAACAUCAGCAGCAGCGGCGGCGGCAGCGGCAGCAGCGGCGGCGGCAGCGGCAGCAGCGUCUGCGGCGGCAUCAGCAGCCGCAUCGAUGAGUGGCGGAAGCAGUCCUUCUAUGUAUAUGGAUCCGCAGGACUACUUCGAGACGCUCGACUAGAUUAUUUACAAUUUUCGUCGUAGGUUAAAUUUUGUUGUUACUUCAGUUCUCUUCUUUUUUACCAGCGCGCCGACAUGCGAGCGAACGCCUAUUAAAUUUCCCUCUUUUUAACUGAUUCAUUUGCUAAAGAUGCGCGACAUCGGCGACUAUUUGCGGCCUUUUGAUUUAGCGUGAUUUUUAAUAACUUUUAACGUAUAUUUCAUAUAGCCCCUGUAAUCAUAAAGUGUGUAAUAUUAUGAUGUGUAAUUAAACUGCGAACCUUUCAAGAAUACCUUGCGCCCCAACCUGACCCACACAUACACAUACCCAAACCCAAUCUCAUAAGCCAUAACCAUACUCACAACAAGCUGACAACAACACUCAAUCCCCAAACCACAUUUAAUCUAGAAAGAUAUGACUAUUUAAGUAAAAACAGUUCAACCAUCUAUGUAGCAUGUUAAUAGAGAAACCCGUCAAUAGUUCAAUGCUGUAAACGUUCGUAGACUCUCCUCACUCACUCUCUCUGUCUCACACUAUCUGUCACCCGAUCACGAUUACGUUGAUCUGUCCAGUGCAUCACGGAACGUUCCAUCAGUUUCACUCACGCAUCUGCUUUGCGGCAAGACUAAGGCAAGGCAUUAGCAAAGUUUUAAGUGUAACAUUUCGCUAUAGUGGUUAAGCAAAUUACAUUUACUCUAAAUAUAUAUACUUAUACUAUGCAUAUAUACAUAUGUAUGUAUGUAUGUAUAUAUAUAUACCAUGAAGGACAUACACACGAAAGGCAAGCAUGAAUUCAAUUAACUGGAUAAUCGUUUAAAUAUAUUGUAUGGAUGUGUAUUUCAGGAAA